CCUUCACGAAGGGUAGUCAUCUUGUCGCGAUGUGAAGGCUUAAGUGCAAUGAAUCCUAUGGGCCAUGCUGACGGAGUCAGCUCUGCCCAAGCUGGCUGGCUCCAAGGGGUCACCCUUGUCAGACGGGCCAUAGGACGAGCACGAAACUAAGAACUACCCCUCCCAACUGACAGAUGUCUGUUUCCCAUAUUGGGCGGUCUGUCAGUACCCGCUCUAUCGAUUGUUUUUCCUAUCACUGAGAUAGGGCAAUCGAUAGAGCAGUCCGAUUGAAUCCUUAAAGGAUUCAUGCACUUAAAUGUGCAGUCCGAAACCCAUCAAGCGUCUGUUCCAUAUUGGGCGGCUUGAUGGUCUGUCUGAUCCCAGAGGGACGGCAGUUUUUGUGUCCUGGCAGUAGGUGAAAAAUGCAAAUCUCCCCCCCCCCCCCAAAUGAUGUCUGAAGAAGAAAAAUGCCCCUCGUAUCCGGUUCGGGGCUUGACAAUACCCGGAGACCCUAUUCCCACAGCGGCGACACCGGGCUGUGGUGAAUCGAAUGUUACUGGCAUCCGAGUUAGACAGGUGGUAGCACCGGGCCUGUCUAAUUCGCAAGUUACUGGAGCAACAACAACAACAACAAUAAAACCCGCAAGCAGCCGGCCCAAGCUGGCUGCUUGUAAACCAAUCCCUCCCACCAAACCUUCAGUUGUGGGAAAGGUCCCAAGCGGUGAGGUACCUCUGCCCGUUGUGGCAAGUACCUCUGCAGCCGCGAGAGCAGCCCUAGCUGAUCAAAAGUCAGCCUCUUCCCUGCCUUCGGGUGACAAAAAUGUCUCCCAUGUGCCACCUUGUGCAAGAGAGGAAUCGUCGACCCCGAUGUCGGGUUCCUCAUCCGCACCUCCCCCUACGCUGGAAAAGUCGUCGAACUCGAUGUCGGGCUCUUCCAGCGUACCAGCAGAUUCCCAACGGCACAAAACCCCUUCCCGUAGGGCUUUUGCACAUCGGCGCGCCGCCGAGCGCAUUGUUGAGCGACAUGGCGCCAAGCCCAACAAUGUAUUGUCCAAGGACGAGAAAUCGUCUCUUGAAUGGGCCAAAAGUAUCCUGGCUAGACAACAGGACUCAAAUCCUCCAGCCAAAGCAGAAGUGACGAAGUCUGCUGCUGAGGCGCCUAAACGGCAAAGAUCAGAGGAAGAGUCCCCUUCGUUGUCAACCAUCCAGCCGACGACUAAACGUCCAAAGAAGGCGCAAACUGUCGUCGUUAAUAGGCCUUUCAGUGAGGUUGCCAAAAAUCCACUGGUAAGGGCUAUUAUCGACAGGAGCAAUAGUGACGGGGCCAUCUCUCAAGAUAAAUGGGGGAUCAUCCGUCAACGAAUGCUAGGGGUGUACUGGAAAAUCCUUAAGGAAAAUCCAGGACCCGCCCCCCAAAAUGAUGACGCUGGCUGGUUCCAGGGUCAUAUAAAACUGCUGGCUUGUUCGAAUGAGCGCUCUGCGUUACUUCUCAAGCUAGCGAUUGAGUCCCUUGGGGAAGUGUGGCCAGGUGCUAUGUUGGACGUGGUCCCGGUAUGUGAAAUUCCUCGCAGACCGAGAUCCAUUGCCACCAUCCCAACUGAGCCUCAUGACCCGGCGGAGAUUCUGGCGCUCCUUCAGAGCGGAAACCCUCAUCUACCUACCCAUGAUUGGAAGGUGGUGAAGGUCUCCGAACCGAUAGGAACGAUCAGAAAGGCGAUUGUGGUCCUUAAUAAGGAGUCCGUGUCGCCACUGCGAGAGUGCGGAAGCAAAGUAUACUAUGGCUUUGAUAGUAUUACUCUCCGUACCUACCGCAGUGACGACAAACGCAACGCCGCUGCCUCGAAGGUUAAGCUAGAGGUUCCGCCCAAGAAGGACGAUGAUAACAUCGACGAUCCCGCUGUUUCAGAAGGCGGGGAGAACUCUCAAUCGACCACAGGUCAAUUGGGAGAACUCCUCGGCGAUCUGAAAGUGGCGGAGGACGACGACACCCUUUCGGAUACUGAUCCGGAAGAUGUCGACGUAACCGUCGUCUACGAUCCUGACUUAGGAGAUGGUGAAGGUAUUGCAGAUUAACCUUCACCACUCUAAAGCAGCAUCUGCCGCCCUCCUCCUCCGUUUAGCUGAAAGAGGGGAGGAGCUAAUCCUGGUCCAGGAACCGUGGACCCACCAUGGUAAAGUUCGUGGACUCUCUCUUAGAGGCUAUAAGCUUCUUCAUGCUAACUGUUCAGCGACGAAGAUACUGUUGCGGCUGCUUGGGAGUCUGGUAACUCAAACAUCUGGCUUCUAAGCAGCUAUAUGGCACACGACCAUGGCGACCAGCCACCAAAUCGCCUGGUGAGGGAAAUUGUGUGUGAGGCAGAUAGGCGACACAUUCCGCUUCUCAUGAGUGCAGAUGCAAAUGCGCACCACACGGUCUGGGGAAGCUCAGACAUUAACUCAAGAGGUGAGUCUCUUUUAGAUUUUCUAUUAGAUAAUAACCUAGUAGUAGUAAAUAGAGGUUCAGAACCCACUUUCAUAGUUGCAAAUAGAAAGGAGGUACUGGAUAUAACGGUUGUGAAUGCAAACCAUAUUGACCUAGUUCAGGGU